UUGAGUAUAGUUAAAUUUAUAGGAACUAAAAAUGUAGUAAAAUUGUCAAUGUGGGAAGAGACAGAGAGAGAGAGGAGAGGAGAGGAGAGGGGAAGAUUCAUACAUUGUAUGUAAAUAACUGGAGCUGCAGAUAAUGCUGACGCGUGUUAUCGGUCUUUGGAGUUCGAAAGCAGUAGACUUUAAUCAUGAUACUCAGUAAGUUGUGUGCGCGUCUACGAAUCACUGCCACGCCGUUUAUUCCACCUUGUUUGGAAUUAGAAAAAAAUGUCACAAGAAAUAUGCAUUUCACCUAUGUACCCGAUAAAGAAUUACAAACAAAUGUUGAAACCAAACGGCUAAAUAUGUAUCAAGCAAUAAAUGAUGCUUUGAGACUCGCUAUGGAGAAAGAUUCUACAGCUGUAAUUUUCGGCGAAGAUGUGGCAUUUGGCGGGGUAUUUCGUUGUACAAUGGAAUUGCAAAAAAAAUUUGGCGCAGAUCGUGUUUUUAAUACACCAUUAUGCGAGCAGGGAAUUGCUGGAUUUGGAAUUGGUCUUGCUAAUCAGGGCGCCACAGCAAUAGCUGAAAUUCAAUUUGCUGACUAUAUAUUUCCAGCAUUCGAUCAGUUGGUAAAUGAAGCGGCGAAGGUACGUUAUCGAAGUGGUGGUACAUUUGACUGCGGAAAGCUGACGGUACGUGCGCCAAGUGGUGCUGUUGGUCAUGGCGCACUUUACCAUUCACAAAGUCCCGAGGCUUAUUUCGCCCACACUCCCGGACUCAAGGUGGUUGUUCCUCGAGGACCGAGACAAGCGAAAGGUUUACUAUUGAGCUGUAUUGAAGAACCAGACCCGUGCAUUGUGUUUGAGCCGAAAGUUCUUUAUAGAUCAGCAGUGGAAAACGUUCCUCUUAAUUUUUACAAAACACCCAUUGGCAAAGCAGAAAUCCUUAGAGAAGGCAAGGAUGUAACUUUAAUUGGAUGGGGUACUCAGGUGCAUGUUCUACAAGAAGUUGCUGAUAUGGCUCAAGAAAAACUUGGAGUGUCCUGUGAAGUUAUAGACCUUGUUUCCAUUCUCCCCUGGGACAUCAGUACAGUGUGUCAGUCGGUGAGAAAAACUGGUCGCGUUAUAAUUUCUCAUGAAGCGCCAAUGACCUGUGGUUUUGGAAGUGAAAUCGCAGCAUCGAUUCAAGAAAGAUGUUUUUUGCAUUUGGAAGCGCCAGUGGGUAGAGUAACCGGAUGGGACACUCCAUUUCCUCACGUUUUUGAGCCAUUUUAUAUACCAAACAAGUGGCGAUGUUUCUCAUCAGUAAAAAAGAUCGUCAACUUCUAAAUAGAACAUAUUAUAUAUAUGUAUAUUGCGACUGAGGAAAAAACACGUAUUUCUAAGAAAGAAGAUUGAAAAAUUUUUUUUUUUUCCUCUUCGGAGGCUAAACUUGUUUUCAGCAAAGUCACACACGCAUAUAUAUAUAUGUUUAUUUACUCGUCAAAUGUAUAUUCACUUUAAUAGAAGUACAAUAUUUAACGAGUGGCUGGUAACGUCAUUAUUUCAAUGUGUUGACUAUAUAUAUAUAGAGAUAUAUAUAUAUCGUAUCAAAAAAAUAGAGAUAAAUUCCGCGAUAUCGAUUUUUCGUACUCGCAUGACUACCACCUUCGUAUCACGUGGACGCGGACCGGUCCAUAGCGAAGGUAGUUUUAUCGUGGGACGAAUGAGAGUAUCUUGAAGUAUUUUGCGAUUGUAUAUGUAUAUAUAUAUAUAUAUACAUAUAUAUAUAGUUAGUGUCAGUAUACACAUAUAUGCACAAAUGUCGUUAUAUAUAUAUAAACUACUUGCAAAAUCCCUUUCUCCCUGCGCACUUUGUAAGAAUGUUCUAUUUCAAUUUCAAAACUGAGAUUUCUUCUUUGAAAAUAAAA